AUGGCGAAACUAACCCUUAGCCUCCUCUCGUUGAUCCUUAUCGGUCUCGUCGCGAUCGCUUCCGCCGCAGUUAUCUUCGAGGAGCGCUUUGAUGAUGGAUGGGAGAACAGAUGGGUUAAAUCUGAAUGGAAGAAAGAUGACAAGUCUGCUGGGGAGUGGAGCCACACUGCUGGAAAUUGGUCUGGUGAUGCUAACGAUAAAGGUAUCCAGACCAGUGAGGACUACAGAUUCUACGCUAUUUCAGCUGAGUUCCCUGAAUUCAGUAACAAGGACAAGACCUUAGUCUUCCAAUUCUCAGUCAAGCACGAGCAGAAGCUUGACUGUGGUGGUGGCUACAUGAAGCUGCUCAGUGGUGAUGUUGACCAGAAGAAAUUUGGUGGUGACACCCCAUACAGCAUUAUGUUUGGUCCUGAUAUCUGUGGAUACAGCACUAAGAAAGUACAUGCUAUCCUUACCUACAAUGAUGCCAACCACCUGAUCAAGAAGGAUGUUCCGUGUGAAACUGACCAGCUCACCCAUGUGUACACUUUCAUCCUCCGCCCAGAUGCUACUUACAGUAUUCUCAUUGACAAUGUUGAGAAACAAACCGGUAGCGUGUACUCUGACUGGGAUCUUCUCCCACCAAAGAAGAUCAAGGACCCCAGCGCCAAAAAGCCUGAGGACUGGGACGAGCAAGAGUACAUUUCAGACCCUGAAGACAAGAAACCUGACGGAUACGAUGAUAUCCCAAAGGAGAUCCCAGAUACCGAUGCAAAGAAGCCUGAGGACUGGGAUGAAGAAGAAGAUGGUGAGUGGACUGCCCCGACCGUUCCCAACCCUGAGUACAUGGGUGAAUGGAAACCAAAGCAAAUCAAGAACCCCAACUACAAGGGCAAGUGGGAGGCUCCAGAGAUUGACAACCCUGACUUUAAGGAUGACCCAGAGCUUUAUGUCUUCCCCAAGCUGAAGUAUGUUGGAAUCGAGUUGUGGCAGGUGAAAUCAGGAUCAUUGUUCGACAAUGUCUUGAUCUGCGAUGACCCAGACUACGCCAAGAAGUUGGCAGAUGAAACAUGGGGAAAGCUCAAGGAUGCGGAGAAAGCAGCUUUCGAUGAGAUUGAGAAGAAGAAAGAGGAAGAGGAAUCCAAGGACGCUCCUGCGGAGACUGAUGCUGAAGAUGAAGCAGGGGAGGAUGAAGGAGAUGAAUCAGAUUCUGAAUCUAAGACCGAGGAAACCUCAGAGGAGAAUGACGCCACCGCUCAUAUCUCUGAAUACGAAGAUCAUAAAAGUUUGUCUGAAGAAGACGUUGUCAUGUUUUUGUUCGAUUGGUUCUAUGGAAUCCUGGCCACGCUAGGGUUAUGGCAGAAAGAGGCGAAGAUCUUGUUUCUAGGUCUCGACAAUGCAGGAAAAACUACUUUGCUUCACAUGCUCAAAGACGAGAGAUUAGUUCAGCACCAGCCAACACAGCAUCCAACAUCUGAGGAACUGAGCAUUGGCAAAAUCAAGUUCAAGGCCUUUGACUUGGGUGGCCAUCAGAUUGCCCGUAGGGUCUGGAAAGAUUAUUAUGCUAAGGUUGAUGCUGUUGUGUACCUGGUGGAUGCUUACGACAAGGAGAGAUUUGUGGAGUCAAAAAGAGAGCUUGACGCUCUUCUAUCAGAUGAAGCAUUAGCAAGUGUCCCCUUUCUUAUCCUUGGGAACAAGAUUGAUAUUCCUUAUGCAGCUUCUGAAGAUGAGCUUAGGUUUCACUUGGGUCUCACUAAUUUCACUACCGGUAAAAGCAAUGUGAGUCUUGGAGAAUCUGCUGUUCGUCCUCUUGAGGUCUUCAUGUGUAGCAUCGUCCGCAAAAUGGGAUAUGGUGAGGGAUUCAAAUGGCUUUCUUACUACAUCAAGUAG